AUUAACUGUUCUGCCUUCUGCAAUUCCAUGAUCCAAUGCCGCCAAAGAAGCGGAAGCUCGCUGAUCGUGGGGAAGUCAUUGACUUGUACGCCCUCUUGCAAGUGGCACGGGGCGCAUCCCAUCGCUAGUUCAAGCGUAUCAUAGGCAAGCUUUGCUUGUGCACCCUGACAAGGGUGGCAAUGCCACAAGCUUCCAGGCAGUGGCGCGUGCCUAUGAGGUCCUCUCGGACCCAAUCUCGCGAGAUGAAUAUCACAUGUCUUUGCUGGAGCUUGGGCGCCAAGACGGCCUGGAGAACGUCGACGAUCUUUUCGAUUGCUGGGUGCUCUGGCUGAAUUGCCGCACAAUUGCAAGAAGAAGCAGACGAGAACAAGCUGGUGAGAGAUGCAGUGAAUGUAGCCAAGAGGUUGCAGGCACUAAAUAUCUCAGCUCAAACUCCAGCCGAGGUAGUAUGGCGGCCCAGAUCAAUAUGUGUGGCCUGGAAGUGCGCACCCCCGCCACAACUUUGAAGCCAGUAAUCGCCUUCUACCAUACGGCAGUAGUGGAGCUGAGGGCAUGCCUUCUGCGGUGCCUUCGUGCCAAGCCAGAUGCCACUUUGGACACGGGGCUGAUGGAGGCUCUCAACGAGCUUGGUUCCAUGGGCUACGCUUGCAGAUUCGAUUUCCGAUUUCGGCGGCACAUCAAAGGAGUGCAAGCCGCCACGCCGAUGGUGGAUGAGCCGCAUGUGGCGCUCCAGAUGCGCAGGGAGCUGCAAGGAAUGUCAACGCUUGCAAAAUACAAGGCGCUGAAGAAGAAAUGGAGCCAAAUGCUGCAAGACACGUUGCCUGAAAGGCAGGCUCGUCGCCGUGAAAAGGCGCACGAGCUGAAAGGCUACAUCUUGGCGUUGGGCGACGCGAGCGUUCCACACCUGCCAUUUCGAAGGAAAAGCAAACAGCCAGCUGACAUGACCCUAAAGGUGCCGCUGCUGGGCAAGCUUGCUGUGGCCUUGGGCGGGCAGACGCAGUUGGAGAAGAAGCUGGCCACACCUGCCGGCCAAAAGGCCUUGCUUCAGUUCUUUUCCACAACAUCUUCCUUAGCCUUGCCCCCUCCAGGUCUUGGGUGGAAACAAAUGCAGGCUGAGCAGAAGGCGAGCGUGUUUGAGUUCACAGCUAUGGUGGACUUGGCCCGGUUUGCUGCCACCCACAAAGCGGCAAGCCACGAAGUGCAGGAGUGCAUGGACAUCCGAUGCUGCAAUGAGCUUCGUCUUCACCGCCACGACUUCAGUGCGGACACUGUCUGGCAGCUUCCUCAGCUUCUGAGCUUCUUCCACGCAAAGCUUGGGUGCACUCAAAGCCUCGAUUUGCGUGAGAUGCCUCUCUCUGUUAUGUCAAGUGCUUUGCUGUGGGCCGCGCUGGGUACACUCGAGAGGCUGAAGCUGGUUGUGAUCCACCAGUCGCAUGCAUGCAGCAUGCCCACCCCCAAGUCCAACAAUGCGCUUUGCAAUCCAAAUGGCUUUGUGACGCCGUUGCCAAGAACCAAACGCCAGGCCAUAUGCCAAUGCACCAGAAAGAAGUGACAUGCAGUGGAAAAAUCGCUAGAUGCAGUUGAA